GGCCAUUUCCAUUGCAGCACAGCACCACCAUGGCGCUACCAGCGUACGCAUGGGCGCUAUGGGCGCUCCUCGCCGUCGUAACGCUGCUCGUGCUCGGGUACAUCGUCCGCCGCAAGGUGCGAGGAGCCUCUCGCGCCCGGCAGCUCCGUGCUGGCGUCCAGGGUGCCAUCGAGAAGACGCUGUAUACGACUGUCGCGUCGCCCCGCCAGCCAUCACAAGUGCCAUUGAUCUCGUCCAACGAGCUUGAGGUCGUCGGGACGCUCGGCGGUGGCAUGUACAGCGUCGUGGCUAAAGCAGUCUACCAAGGCCGCGACGUCGCGCUCAAGACAUUCAACUACAUUAGCCAGUUGGACGACUUUGGCCGCCAAGCGCAGACCUUGUACCAGCUACGGUCGCCGUACCUCGUGUCGUUGGUCGCAGUCGCUGACGUAGCGUCGGCCACCCCGCAGCUUGUUUUUGAGUUUAUGGACGGCGGCAACCUCGACAGAUAUAUCUACCGGGUACGUCGUCCGCACUCGCCCGAGGCCAUUGCGCUUGCUGUUGCCCGGGGUCUGCAGGGUUUGCACCACUACGACGUUGUCCACCGAGACGUGCGGUUGCGGAACAUUCUCGUCGCGACUGACGGCCGCAUCAAGCUCGCCGACUUUGGCUUUGCCCGCGAGAACGCGCCGCUCAAAGAGCUACCAAAGCGCCAAGAAAUGAGAGCGUCGAUGCCAUUGGCGUACGGACCUUGCGCCUUGACAAGACCGCCACGCAACUACUGGGUCGCCCCCGAGGCGCUAACGUCCGGUGACGCGGGCACACCCACCGACAUUUACCAACUGGGCACCGUCAUGAUCGAGCUCAUGUGGCAGGACAAGCAUGGCAGCAUGGAUGAGUUUGCCGUCUCGAUCAUGAACGUUCAAGCGGGCACGGCGACAGCCGACCUUUUCGGCGAAGCAGACUGGUACCAUGAGCUCGCGCUGCGUUGUGUGGCCCACACACCGUCGAUGCGACCAACCGCCGCCGAGAUCGUAUAUACCAUCGAGCAACAUCUGCACGAUAUUGUCUAAUGAAUGUCUGCUGGUAUUAUUGCA